AUGGCUGGCAACGACGACGCGGCGCAGCCGCGGACGGACGGCCGCAUUGCGUUGGGCGAUCACGUCGUUAUUACCGGCGGCGGUCUGAAACGCAUGGCGUUGGUGCAGGCGGGCAGCAAGUUGCGCCUCGGCAGCUCCGGGGUGGUGCAGCUCGAGAAGCUCGCCGGCCUGCGCUUCGGCGAGGUUCUCCGGUACGACCCCAAAGAGCGCGUGUUUCUCCCGACGAACGCUUACCCCGACCUCGACAUCACGAGCCUGCAGCAGCGUGUGGACGACGCACGCGACAACCGGCACCUCGUGGAUGACAAUCGAAAUCAGAUGCUUUCGAACGUGGAGGCCGCCACGCUACGGCACGAGAAGGGAGUGGAUGCGUUUCUGUCCACGCUGGUGGAAAAGAGCUCGACGUUUCACACAAAGACGGCCUACUCGCAGGAGAAGUACCUUCGCAAGAAGAAGAAGCGCUACGGCACGCUGUACAAGGUGGAACGCGUCACCCCGGACGGCGUCGCGGAGGUCCACCUCCCGACAAUCAACCCCUCGGACGUGGAGCCGGAGGAGACGCGGGCGAUACGACUCCGCGCCGACACCAUGGCGCUAAUCCUGCACCACAGUGACGUGCACAGUGGCAGUCGGGUUCUCGUGUACGACAAGUCAAAUGGCCACUUGGAGGCGGCGCUGCUCACGCGCCUUGGGGACGACGGCAUAAUACUGCAGCUGAUGGACAAAGUCGCGCAGCCCAACAUAUUUCCGGCGCAGGCCAUGGGACUCACUCGCGUCCGAGAGCUCUGGAAGGCCGUCCCUCGCAAUGAUGCCUUCCUCCUUGGCACGGAAAGCGCAGAAGAGGAGCAGGAUCAGGAGGGCGGAAAAAAGGAGGCGAAAGCGGAGAAGGACAAUCUCAACAAGAGCAGCAAGCGGAAAAGGAAUGUUGAUACUGAAGGCCCCUCGCAGUGGUUGCGUGGGAUUGACGCACGCCGCAUGUUACAGGAACGGCCGGCCGAUUCACUCAUCAUUGUGAACGACGCGGACUCUGAGGGCGUCAUUAACGAACUGCUGCCCUUUCUGGCACUGGGCGGUCACAUUGUGGUGUUCAGCCAAUUUCUGGAAGACCUCUCGGGCGUCUUCGCCCGGCUGUGGAACGAUUGUGUGAACAUUUGCGUUUCCGAGACAUGGUACCGACACCACCAGGUCCUGCCAAACCGCUCACAUCCAACCGUAAACAUGAGCACCGCGGGUGGAUACCUGCUGACGGCCAUAAAGGCAGAGGUAAACGGCCCCCCACGCCCACGUCUGGAGGAGGCGGCAGAACCACCUCUGCCGGAGCAGGUUGCGAGUACUGAGACCGAUGGAGAGUUGCCAAGGAAGCGACCGCGACACGAGGCCAAGGAAGCACGGCAGCAGCAAGAAUAA